UGCCCUCUGCUCGCCCAUACGGUACUGCCACCGCGCCAUUAACUGCCCGCAUUGAAGCCACCCCGCUGCGCUCCAACUAACCUCCCCAGCUCCACGCCUUAAAUGCGCGCCUCCCCUCGUUCCGAUCCCCUUUCCUUCAAGCAAGCAACCGGGACCGGGAGUGAGAGGAAGUUGAGCUCUUUUGCUUCGUCGACGCUGGUUUUUGGUCCCUGACUGCUAGUCGAGAUGUCCAAGAUGACGGACGAGAAGGUGAUUUCGGCGCCGGCGACGGGCGGAGGGGAGGACGGGCUGAUCGCAGGGGACCUGUCAGCCGCGGAGGCGCGGGUCCGUCCGCUGGAGACGCUUUUGCGCGCCGCGCCUCUCGGGCUCUGCGUCGCCGCCAUGGCCGUCAUGCUCCGCGACACGCAGACCAACGAGUACGGCACCGUCUCCUACUCCGACCUCGGCGGAUUCAAGUACCUGGUCUAUGCGAACGGGCUGUGCGCGGCCUACUCCCUCGUCUCCGCGUUCUACACUGCCGUGCCGCGGCCGGCGACGCUGUCCCGCUCCUGGAUCGUCUUCCUCCUAGAUCAGGUGUUCACGUACCUGAUCCUGGCGGCCGGCGCGGCAUCGGCAGAGCUGCUCUACCUGGCAUACAACGGCGACAAGGAGGUGACGUGGAGCGAGGCGUGCGGCGUGUUCGGCGGCUUCUGCAGGCAGGCCCGGACGUCGGUGGCCAUCACCUUCGGCUCGGUCGUCUGCUACAUCCUCCUCUCCCUCAUCUCGUCCUACCGCCUCUUCAGCGCCUACGACGCACCCAUGCCCUCGCUCGGCAACAAGGGCGUCGAGAUCGCUGCCUUCCCGCGCUGAGCGGAGGGGAUCCCUAGCUGCUGUGGCUUCAGGCUUUGGCUGCUUCAUGGGUCAAAACUCGAAAGUCGAAACACGUACGUACGUAGUAGUAUCGCUGUGUGUGUGUAGGCGAACGAAAUAAUCUGUAAGGGCUCAUAGUUAAUUUCAAGCUACAUAUAGUGCAUCUGCCUCUUCUUUUUACUUGAUUCUAUAUACUGUACUAGCUUUGAA